AUGCACACCAGCUGAAUUUGAUCAUGCAGCAAGCCACUUCUCAGGUCCCAGCAGUGAGGGUUUUUUUCUCGGAUCUGAAUGGCAUUUCUAGCUUUUUUAGUCGGUCACCCAAACGCACCACCAUCCUCGACCAGGUUGUUGCACGGAGGCUGCCAAGAGCAUCGGCCACAAGAUGGAACUUCAACAGCAGGGUCGUGAACACAGUCUAUGAGAACCUAGAUGACCUCAUAGAGUGUUUUGAAGCCAUCAGCACAGAUGGCUCAUUUGACUGCACCACAGUGAGGGAGGCAUCUGGCUACCUGAGGAUGCUGCAGGACGAUGACUUCAAGUUUUUCCUGCAUCUAUUUCAUCAAAUCAUGCCUCACGUUGACAUUAUGUACCAACAGCUGCAGAAGAAGGACAUUGAUGCAGUCUUCAUCAAACGUGCUCUGCAGAGCUUCACAAGCAGUGUUCAAGCCAUACGGGACCAGAGCUCAUCUCCAGAGCAGCAGCAAGUAGCAGCAGGAACUACAGGAAAAAGGAGGGCCUUGGGAGAGCAAGACAAGCAGAGGCUGUCUAAGGAGGUCUGUGACACCAUCUUGGGCCAUGCAAACGAGAGGUUCUCUUUCACAAGCCACCUUGUGAGUGCAACGCUGCUACAAGGAGACCUGUUUGAGCAGUACUGCCAUGUGUUCCCUGAUGAGGCUCUGAACACCACUGCCAAGGCAUACCCCAUGCUGAAUAAGGCGAAGCUCAAGACUGAACUGUCCCUUAUCUACGAGAGUCCAGAUUUCAAGGGCUGCAGUGGUGCAUUGGCACUCUACCAGGUUCUACAGAGGAACAACCUCCACGAGACCCUAUCUGAGACUGUGGCUCUGUUGAACAUCCUCAUAACCACUCCCAUGACAACUGCUGAAGCUGAGAGGUGUUUCUCGACCUUAAAGAGAAUCAAGACAUUCCUGCGAAACUCAAUGGGACAGGAUCGUCUCAAUGCUCUGGCCAUGCUUUCCAUGGAGAGGGAACUAGUCAGGAACAUGCCUGAUUUUAAUGAGAGGGUCAUUGAUCACUUUGCUGCUUUGAAAGAGAGACGAGCAAAAUUUCAAUACAAGUGAGAAAUGUUGUUUUAAUGUUGUUGUGUUGUUGCACUACUCAAAUGUUGAAUUGGAAAUAGCUGUAUUAAUUGCAUAUCAUUAGCCAAUUUUUUUGUUUGCUUUGUAAU